CAUUGAGUGCUCUUGCUAGAGCGGCCUCCUGGAAGUGAGAAGAGGCUUGCAAAGGGAAGAAGCUUUGGAGAUGGAAGGCAGCAGAGAGGGAGAAGGUUUCUCUUCACCUCACAAACCCAAUUGUUGUCUUCAGUGAUGUCUUUUCCCCAUCCGUAGCCAAAUCCUCCUAUUUACUACUUUCAGAUCUACCAAUGAAGCAGAAGCUGGAUAUUUUCUUCCUUCGGAAUCGUAAUAAAAUACCAAAGGGCAAAGAAGUAGGUUUUUCUCUGCUCCUCGAAUCUAGAUUGUUUUCCAUACUAGAGUUGAAAGGGAAGGAACACAAGGACCAUCCAACUCCGUUCCGCCAUGCAGGAAGACACAGCCAAAUAAUUAUUCAGCUAUUUAUUUCUUCAAUUGUAAUUAUUCUUAAGCGGACAUUUGAUAGGGCAGUACUGAGAGUGAGCAAUGAAAGAGCACUUAUAUGCAGAGCUGGAUCUAGAAGGACGACCGGUCAGAGCAGGAAACACCGCUAGGGCAGCUGAACCUGAAUCGAUGGCCAAACGGCCAAGUUGGGGAGCAUCGCAAGAAGGGAAAGGAGGCCCAAGCAAAGGGAUGCAACAGCACUGGGAGGCCCAAUGGCAGGAGUUCCUGAAGACUCUGCAACCCAUUCACGCAAGAUGUGAAACACCAACCAUGCCGGAGAUCGCCCCAUGGGAAGACACCAAGGCCUUCCUGGCCUCCUUCGAGCAAGUGGCCAAAGCCUGUCGAUGGCCAAAGGAAGAGUGGGCGGCCCGGCUUUUGCCUGCAUUGAGCGGAGAAGCAGAGCAAGCCUUUCAGAGCCUGGAAGCCGGAGACAGGGAAGAUUACAGGAAAGUGAAAGCUGUCAUCUUGCGACAGGAUGCCCUGAGAAUGGAGCUGCAGCGGCAGCAUUUUCGGGAGUUUUUCUGCCAGAGGGUUGAGGAUCCGCAAAGGGUUUACAGCCAACUCCAGGAGCUUUGCCGUCAGUGGCUGAAGCCGGAGAGGCGCAGCAAGGAGCAGAUUUUAGAGCUGCUAAUCCUGGAGCAAUUCCUGGCCAGUCUUCCCCAAGAUCUCCAAAUCUGGAUCCGAGCCGGAGGACCAGAUACCUGUUCCCAGGCUGUGGCCCUGGCAGAGGACUUCCUCCUCAAGAGACAGCAAGAGGAUGAAACAGGGAAAUGCCAGGGGGUAAAGAAGGAGGGAAGCCUGGCACCCGGGAAUACAGAGGAAGAUCCCUCAGAGGCUGUGAAAGGAGAGAUCUGCAAAGAAGACAAACAAAGCAGUGAGACGCUCAAGUGCCCCAUCCAGGGCAGCUCAUCGCUUUCUCCAGAAGGACAGAAAAUGGUCUUGAGUGACAUUAAAGAGGAACCGGUGGAUCUCAAGGAAACCGACCCAUCUGUGCAGACAGCCUGGCAAAACCUGAGCCUGCCGAGCCAACAGACUAUUGUUUGGAAAGUCCUGCAAGAGGAUGAUGGGCAAGUAGAUUCUUUGGGUGACAAUAUGGGAAGUCAAGUCAAGCUGGAAAAUUCUCAGUAUGAAGCAAAAGAGCUGGAAGACAUAGUACAACGACCUCUACAGAAAACCCUCAGGGAUGUGCAAGGAAUAUGCGAGGAGAGGUGGAAGCCCAAAGGUGUACGGAAGAAGUGUGCUCCAAAGAAGGGAAAGGAGGGUGCUGAAGGCCGAGAAGGACUUAUAGCAACAAUUGCUCAGCCUUCCAAAGUACAUAUGAAGGAGGAAAUACUCUUAUUCUCCAUACAUGAUAGAAGGUAUCACUAUGGACCUGAUGUUGACAUGAUACGUACCAGAGAUGGCUCCGUGGCAGAGGGAAACAUUCGACAAUAUUCACGUCAAGAAAUGCUAACAAGAGAGAACAAAUCUCGGUUGAGUGAACAAGGAAAUGGAAGUAAUUUGGUCAAAUUUCAGGCUGCCCAAAGAGAAGGGAAACCUCAGAAUGUUCCCGAGCCUGGGAAGAAGUUUUGUCACUCAACGUCACUCCCAAGAAUUCAAGGAGUUGAAAGCGAAGGGAGACGAUUUGAAUGCCCUUUUUGUAGGAAGUGCUUCAGUAAGCAAGAGCAUUUGACGAAUCACCAGCAGCUUCAUACGGGAGAGAAGCUGCACGAAUGUCCUGAAUGUAGAAAAAUCUUCGCUUCCAGACAAGCAUUAAGGAGACACCAGGGAAUCCACAGUCUGGUGAAACCAUACAAAUGCUCUCAGUGUGGGAAAUCCUUCAGCCAGCGGAGAAAUCUGACAAUCCACCAAAGAAUUCACACGGGAGAGAAGCCGUACAAAUGCUCCGAAUGUGGGAAGAAGUUCAGUCGUACUCAGUGCCUGAAGAACCACCAGACAAUUCACACUGGGGACAAACCACACAAGUGUUCUCAGUGCGGCAAAUGCUUCAACCAGAGGAGGUACCUGAAAAACCACCAGAGAAUUCACACCGGACUGAAGCCUUACGAAUGCCCUCAGUGCGGGAAAUGUUUCAGCAUGGCAGAGUAUUUGAGGAACCACCAGAGAAUUCAUAGCGGCGUGAAACCGUUCCAGUGUUCUCAUUGUGGGAAGAGCUACAUCCAGAAAGUCGCCUUGAUAAGCCAUCAGAGAAUUCAUGCCGCAGAGAAUCCCAAAAAAUGUUCCUAGUGCGGCGAACGCUUCAGUGAAGGGAAACAUCCAAAAAGCAAGGAAAGGAUGUAAUGUAUUUCACCUCAUAAUAGUCGCACUUCCCUGUUUUGGAGUGAAAAGAGGGUGCGACUAUUACGUGGUGAAAAAUUCCAGCGACAGAGCUUCAGUAGGCUGAUAGACCCAUAGUGGGUAAGGGGUCAGGCAUCCAGAUGAGUGAAAUAAGGGUGUGACUAUUAUGCAAUGAACACUAGACAUACCAAUUUAUGUACAGUAGAGUCUCACUUAUCCAACAUAAACGGGCCGGCAGAACGUUGGAUAAGCAAAUGUGUUGGAUAAUAAGGAGGGAUUAAGGAAAAGCCUAUUAAACAACAAAUUAGGUUAUGAUUUUACAAAUUAAGCACCAAAACAUCAUGUUAUACAACAAAUUUGACAGAAAAAGUAGUUCAAUAUGCAGUAAUGCUACGUAGUAAUUACUGUAUGUACGAAUUUAGCACCAAAAUAUCACGAUGUAUUGAAAACAUUGACUACAAAAAUGCGUUGGAUAAUCCAGAAUGUUGGAUAAGCGAAUGUUGGAUAAGUGAGACUCUACUGUAGUUCAAUACGAAAUAAUGCUAUGUAGUAAUUACUGUAUUUAUGAAUUUAGCACCAAAAUAUCACAAUUUAUUGAAAACAUCGACUACAAAAAUGCGUUGGAUGAUCCAGAACGUUGGAUAAGCGAGUGUUGGAUAAGUGAGACUACUGUACCUCAAAAAUGGGAGUGCAGCAAUUAUGCAGUGGCAACUAUUAAGCAGUGAAAUACAGUAUAUUUUCCAUAUGAAAUUUAUGAGAGAAACUUUGUUCAGGGGGAUUUACUCUAUAUACUCAUGUAUAUGCUUAGAAAUCUAAGUGACAAAAAAUCUCAAAAAAGACCUGGGUCAAUUUAUUAAUGGGUCAUUGUUGUGAAAAAAUGAAAAUCAUAUGUAGUUCAUGCUUGACUAGUCCACACACUGUCUUGUUACGCAGAUGAACAGUAAAUAACAAGAACAUUUACUCUUUGAAAUGCAACAUAUAUGCAUUCAUGUGAGCAGUUGUAUUGACUAACACAAUGUCCUUUUAAAAGAGAUUCAAAUAGUCCUUCAGAUGUCCAUGGAAAAUGUCUUCCUCCAGCAGCCCAGGAACAAACCUCUCUUGCUAAGCACUUUUCCAAAAUUGACCUCCAGCAGAAACCUGUAACUUUAUCCAAAACUUCCAGGCUCAGUUGGCUCCCUGGGCAUGGCCCAACCAAUCAGUUUGGUGCUUUGCAAUUUUUCUGUUCACACACAAACCAACUGAUUUUACAUGCUGUAAUAAAUGUGAGUACUGUACAUUAACUCUUACCCAGAAAAAUAAAUCUCAUUCUCUGACUGUGGCAAAAGGAAGGAGAUGUAUCAGGAGAACCCAAAAACAAGCACCGACCCCCUCUGCUUUCUCUAUCGUGGAACCAUUUCUGCCCUUCUGCCCUAAGGAGAUAGAAUGAUCCUCAACUUAUCCAGGAGUCAUGUCAAAAUCCACAAUUUGUUCCCCAGAACCUGCCCUCGACUUGUACACAAGGUCAACUUAUAUAUGAGUAUAUGGUAGUCUCUCAAAUAAUGAUAAGAAAGAAAACAUUCAUGCGCUUAGAGAAAUGCUCUUGUAGGAUUGCAAUAUCCGGGAUUCCUUAGCCUAGAGAUUUGGAAAAAGCACAUUUCAGACAAAUUGAUUCAUCAGAGUCAAAUUUCACAAAUUUAAGAAAAGUUUUGUUCAAAAGGACUGAACGAUCUCAAUAAAUAUUCAAUGGAGAGGUAUGGGGGCUUUUCCACCCGAAACUAUGCAUCCCUAAAUGGCAUGAGAUGGUGCAGGAAAAUAAUCUCAAUAGACAAUUUGGACACUAAAGAAGCCAAAAAUGCAAACAAAAACAAAACAAAAAACUAACCCAUGAAUGAACGAAUGAGGGGAAGUCAUCAUUGUAAAUAAUUCAGCCUCUGAGCCACAAUGUGGAUGCAAUAAGUCUCAGUCUCACAUCCUGCCGUCUCUGAGUUAUCAGGAUUGUUUGUUUUGUUUUUCCCCUGCCUGGUAAAAGAAAUUUCAGAUCAUGUUAGGGAAAAAAUUUCUAUUAUAAAAAGACUUGGAAAAAACACAAA